AUGGGCUGCGGUGCUUACAAGUCUGAAUUCGACUGCGUUUCGAAGCUUGGGCAGGCAAAAUCUGACACUGCUUUCCAGAAGCAUUGGGACACCUGGUUCACGGCGGCCGAUCUGGACGAGAUGUUGAGUUACGGUAUCAACACCAUCCGCAUCCCCCUUGGAUAUUGGCUUGACGAGUCUCUCGUCGAUAAGUCGGAGCAUUUCCCAAAGGGUGCUCUGACGUACUUGAUCCGGCUUUGCGGCUGGGCUAGUGACCGUGGUUUCUACAUCAUCUUGGGCCACCACGGCGCCCCAGGUGCACAAGAGCGGCAAAACCCGUUCACCGGCCAGGUAGGAGAUCACAAUAAUUUCUUCGCUAGCGUCGAAGAAGAGAUUCGUUCUGAUUUGGUGUCGUGA